AGGAACAAGAAGGCAGCUCCAUCCCCUAACGUUGUGAUAAAUGGGUUUAAAUGUAUUCCAACGGGGCGCCCCUCCUGGCCAAUCAGGGUGUUUGCAGCAGCUUCGACACCACCCCCCAGCGGCCGCACAGGCGCACUGAGCUCCCAACUGCCAUUUUGUGGCAGAGGCUACUCUGCUAAAGCGGGAGAGGGAUUAAAACAAACUGCGAAGAAGACAGCAUUUCUUGCCAGCCUGCCAAACUUUGUAGCACAGACUCAGUGCUUUCGGACGAGUUAAACGGGAGGAGAAACACACUAAAAAGAGUUCCUGCCCAGCAUGGAGGGAGGGCCAGCAGAGGGUGUAGGGGUGGUGGAGGUCCCCGCCAAAGACUUCCCCUCCAUCCAGGCCGUCCACAGCCAGGACGCUAUGGUGGCAGACCUCCUCCAGCAGGCUGCAGAGGCCGGCGGCGUGGUGGAUGGACAGACCGGAGUGGUCCUGGAACAAGGUCACGGGGAAGGGAUGGUAGCAGCCAGCCAGGCUCAGCAGCAGCUGAUGGAGGCUGGAGUGGGAGUGGACAGUGGAGCUGGGGUUGAAAUGAUGGUUAUGGACUCGCUGGAUCCCACACUGCUGCAGAUGAAGACUGAGGUGAUAGAUGCUGCAGUGGGUGGGUCAUCAGCAGGAGUGGGUGCUGCUCACCAAGCAACUGUAACAACGGUGGACCAGACUCAAAUCAUCACACUACAGGUGGUAAACAUGGAGGAGCAGGCAGCGCUGGGCCUGGGGGAGCUCCAGCUGGUCCAGGUGCCAGUCUCUGCCACCACAGUAGAGGCUCUGCAGCAAGGCACCUAUGUAGACACCACUGCUAUGCCAAAAGAUGGAGACCCAGUCAUCUGCCACACCCUGCCGCUGCCUGAGGGCUUUCAGGUAGUGAAGGUGGGUGCUAAUGGAGAGGUGGAGACAGUAGAGCAGGAGGAGGGAGGAGAAGUCCACCCAGAGGAGGAAGAAGAGGAAGAGGUGGGGGAUCAGCUGAUGGAAGAAGGAGAGGAGGAGCCCAUUCAGCCCCCGAAUGAAGACCCCACCUGGCCCAAAGACCCUGACUAUCAGCCUCCAUGUGGAGCCAUCAAGAGGUCCAAAAAGGGUAAAAAGAGCCGUCUGCGUUACGCUGAAGGAGAUAAAGACAUGGACGUCAGCGUGUAUGACUUUGAGGAGGAGCAGCAGGAGGGUCUUCUGUCUGAGGUCAAUGCUGAGAAGGUGGUGGGCAACAUGAAACCACCCAAACCCACCAAGAUCAAGAAGAAAGGAGUGAAGAAGACGUUCCAGUGCGAGCUGUGCAGCUACACGUGCCCCCGCCGCUCCAAUCUGGACAGACACAUGAAGAGCCACACCGACGAAAGACCUCACAAGUGUCACCUGUGUGGCCGAGCCUUCAGGACGGUCACCCUGCUCAGAAACCAUCUCAACACACACACUGGAACUCGGCCACACAAGUGCACAGACUGUGACAUGGCCUUCGUGACCAGCGGAGAGCUCGUUCGUCACCGUCGCUACAAACACACACAUGAGAAACCCUUCAAAUGCUCCAUGUGUGACUACGCCAGUGUGGAGGUGAGCAAACUAAAGCGUCACAUUCGUUCCCACACUGGCGAGCGUCCAUUCCAGUGCAGCCUUUGCAGCUACGCCAGCAGAGACACCUACAAGCUGAAGAGACACAUGAGGACACAUUCAGGAGAGAAACCAUACGAGUGCUACAUCUGCCACGCCCGCUUCACCCAGAGCGGAACCAUGAAGAUGCACAUCCUGCAGAAACACACUGAGAACGUGGCCAAGUUCCACUGUCCACACUGUGACACCGUCAUCGCACGCAAGAGUGACUUAGGCGUCCACCUCCGUAAGCAGCACUCGUUUAUCGAGACAGGAAAGAAGUGCCGUUACUGCGACGCCGUGUUCCACGAGCGCUACGCCCUGAUCCAGCAUCAGAAGUCCCACAAGAACGAGAAGAGGUUCAAAUGUGACAUGUGUGACUAUUGCUGCCGCCAGGAGCGUCACAUGGUGAUGCAUCGUAGAACCCACACUGGAGAGAAGCCGUACGCCUGCAGUCAGUGUGAGAAGACGUUCAGACAGAAGCAGCUGCUGGACAUGCACUUCAAACGCUACCACGACCCCAACUUUGUCCCCACCGCCUUCGUCUGCCCCAAGUGUAGCAAGACCUUCACACGCAGGAACACCAUGGCUCGCCACGCUGAGAACUGCUCUGGUGAAGUGGAGGACGCCGAGAACGGAACCCCACCCCCGAAGAAAGGAAAGAGAGGAAGAAAGAAGAAGAUGAGGAGCAGGAGAGAUGAAGAGGACAGUGAGGAAGAUAACAUCGAACCAGACGAGGAAGACGAGGGCGACGGCGACGAGGAAGCACUGUUACAGGAAGAGGACGAUCCAGAAAGCAUGGAACUGGACCAGGCCCCGGCCGCCAUCCCAGUACCGGCCCCCGAUGAGCCACCGGUCAAGAGGAAACGAGGCCGACCCCCAAAGAACGCCCCCAAACCACCAACACCCAGCAAGUCAGUCAGAGUGGCUGCCAAGACAGCUGCUUCUGCCGCUGCCAUAAUCCAGGUGGAGGACGAGAGCACGGGAGCAGUGGAGAACAUCAUCGUGAAGAAAGAGGAGGGCGACACCUCGGCAGCCACGCCUCUGCAGCAGGGAGUGGCUCUGACGGUGGAGGGGGUGGGGCUAGACGGGGAAGGGGUGGAGACUGUGGAGCUGGCGGUGAACGAGGAGACGGCCGCCGCAGCCGCCAACGGAGACCUGACACCAGAGAUGAUCCUCAGCAUGAUGGACCGGUGAACACAACACGCAGCCAACACACAUGUAGCCGGACUAAAGACUCAUUUAAAAAAAACACACAAAAAAAACAAAACACCUGUCAGAAACACAUUAACAUUUCCUCUGCCUUCACCUCCUGUUCCAUCCUGUGUGCUCUUUAACUGCAGCAGCUGCAGAUACUACCCUGCACCAAGAAGGGAAGCCGCAUGUAAAUACUUCCACACACACACACACACACACACACACACAUAUACUCUUACACUGGCACGCUGACAUUUGUGGGUCACAUACACAACAAAGGACCACACACACACACACACCUACACACACCUACACCUUCCCAGCUAACACCAGACUGCUCUCUGCUUUAACGCUCUCUCUCUUCAGUUUGAAUGUCCUCUGAAUGAAUCGUGUAUUUUGCUACUCGUUUCUGCCCUCCACCCCCCCCUCCCUCAAAAAAAAAAAGCCACAUCCUGUAUCAGUCUCUACCCACACACACACACUCAAGAGUUAAUGUUGAGCCGGAAACACACACUCUCUCUCACAAAAGGAGACAUUCAUUUAUCUACCUUGAUAAUUCACUCUUAUUUCCUCCUCUCUUCUGCUUCUGCUGUUAUCGCAACAAGGCCCAUUGUCAGAUUCCAAGCCUUUCUAUGUGUAUAUAUAGAUCUAAAUGUAGUUUUUCCUAAUAAAGAAGUAGUAUAUGGUACUUUAGUUUGCCUCUGAGAUACCACAUGCAUAUUAUUAUUGUUAUUAUUAUUAUUAUUUUUCCAGAAAGUGUGAUUUUCCCUCCUUCCCCUCUGUAAUCACAGAGGUGCCACAUGUUUCUCUCAGCUAUCACUCAGAUGUGUGUGUCUGGUUAAAAGCUCCUCCUCUGCUGUUCCACUGUCUGCCGUCACCAUCAACUCAAGACAAACAAAGACUCAAAUAUUGUACUAUAAUUGUGAUUUGAACAUUCCAAAUAUUUGAAUGAAUUAUGGAAUUAUGUUUUAUGCGUUUUGAAUCAUCUCACACAAACAGAAUCAAAACAAGUUUUCAAAAUAAAAGCAGCCUCAUGUGUUCGCCCACCAGUUCAUGUUGUGCUUGGAACAGUUAUCAAAGUCACUCAAACACCACCACACCCCACCCAGACACCACCCACCACCACAAUAAAGAACCUGUGGUAGGUGUUUUGCAUGUAAAUACACAUUUUAAACCUUUUUUUUUUUUUUUUUUUUUUUUUUUUGCUUUUCCUUAACUUUUUAAUGUUUUUUAAAAUAGUUGAUUUGAAGACGUGUUGGUUGAAAGGGGCUUAAAUUUAUAUGCUACACAUGUCAGUGUCAUAUCUGGUACUCCAUGUCCCGACCCCC